GAAAAACGUUGUCAGUGAAUUUUUAUUGCCUAAAGUUUACGAGAAGAGGCUAGAAGACAUUAAAUCGUUCGUCCAAAUAAAUGCAAAAUCAGUUUGCAUUACAGUCGAUUCAUGGACUUCCCGUAGUUUGGAUAGCUACAUGGCUAUAACGGCGCAUUCUAUGACAGAAAAUCCUGUAGAAUUAAAAUUAGUUCUCACAUUCAAUGUGGCGAAUUUGAAGGUCACCAUACUGGUAUAAGAAUUUACAAAGAAAUAAGGUCAAUUUUGCAAAACUGGGGCAUUUACGACAAAGUCAAUUUUUUUGUCUCCGAUAAUGCAUCCAAUAUGUUGAGUGCUGCCAAAUACUUCGAAGACGAUGGCUUGCCACAUUUUGGAUGUUAUGCUCAUAAAUUGAACCUCGUGGUCCAAGAUGCCCUUGACGAAAUAAAAGAUACUUUGGCUAAAGUGCAAAAAUAGUCAAUCACUUUCGUAAGAGCACUAUAGCCAAAGAGAAAUUAUUUAAAUACCAAUCUAACCAACAGAAUGUGGCUCAGCCAAAAACGGUUAUAAAAGCUGUACCUACGAGGUGGAACUCGGUUUUCUUAAUGCUGAAAAGGUUUAUUGAACUAACAGAAGCUUUGCGGGCCACUAUUCCGAAUUUAGAUACUGAUCUUCCAAUCAUACCUAUAGAGGAGUGGAAAUGUAUAGAACAAGUAUCUAUUAUUUUAAAACCAUUUUAUGAGGCAACCGUGGAAAUGAGCGCUGAAAAUUAUUUAGUUGCAAGUAAAGCGAUAAUUUUAACUUCUAGCCUUAUCAAUAUAUGUGAUAAUUUUAAAAAACAAGAAUUAUAUGACCCAGUCAAAAAACUCGCUGAAAAAUUAAAAGAUGGCAUGUUAAGUCGGUUAGGAAAUUUAGAAACAAACGAGACCAUUUGUUUGAGCACACUUUUGGAUCCUAGGUUCAAAUUAAAAGCUAUAAGAAACAAAGAACAGAUUGAACAAAUUAAGAAUAUAUUAAAAAUUAAAAUUACAAAUGAGAUACCGGACCUUUACUACCAUCAUCAUCUGAACCGGCAACAUCAGCUGUUGAUCUUGUGCCAUCACAAACUUUCAGUCUGUGGUCCCAAUUUGACACCGAAACCGAUAAAGAAUUUGUACAAAAGAGGCCAGAUAUUGAGGCUGCCGAAAAGUUGGAAAAAUAUUUAGCUGACAAUCUAAUAAAAAGAACGGAGUGUCCGCUAAAGUACUGGCGAGAGCAUAAAUUUAUUUAUCCCGAAUUGUUUCAAUUAUUUUUAAAACAUUGCAACAUCAUGGCCACUUCAGUACCAUGUGAACGUAUUUUUUCAAAAUCAGGAUACACUAUUAGUGAUCGAAGAACACGGUUAUCUACAACAAAAGUAGCCCAAUUAAUGUUUUUAAAUGUAAAUAAAAUAUAA